AUGGUGGACCACUUGCUUCCGGUGGACGAGACCUUCUCGUCGCCAAAAUGCCCAGCUGGUUAUCUGGGUGACCGGCUGGCUGGCCAGCGGGCGUACCACAUGUUGCCCUCGCCACUCUCUGAAGAUGACAGUGACUCCUCCAGCUUUUGUUCCUGUGCCAGCCCCGACUCACGAGCCCUCUGUUCCUGCUACAGCGGCAAUGCAGGCAUCAAGGGCCAGGAUGGCAUCUUGGACUUCUUGCUGUCCCGGGCCACACUGGGUGGUAGUGGCAGCCUAGAGGUCAGCGGUAACCCCAUGACCUGGGGUUCUUGGCGGAGGGCACCGGCACCUGUGAAGGGGGAGCAUUUCUGCUUCUCUGAGUUUGCCGUGGGGGACCCUGAUGACGUCCCUAGACCCUUCCAGCCUACCCUGGAGGAGAUCGAAGAGUUCCUGGAAGAGAACAUGGAGCCAGAGGUCAAGGAAGUGCCAGAGGGCAGCAGCAAGGACUUGGAGGCUUGUGACCAGCUCUCACCUGGGCCACCUAGAAGCCACCAUCCUGCGUCUGGUGGGAAGGAGAGCUGUACUCCCCUGCUGGGUGACCCUAGCACCAGCAACACCCACAGCCCAACGGGGGGACCAGUGUCUGAGGGCCCUGUCCCAGUGCUACUUCAGAUCCAGCCAGUGCCCGUGAAGCAGGAGGCAGGCACGGGGCCAGCCUCCCCUGGGCAGCCCUCAGAGAGUGUCAAGGUGGCCCAGCUCCUGGUCAAUAUCCAGGGGCAGACCUUCGCGCUUGUGCCACAGGUGGUGCCCUCCUCCAACUUGAACCUGCCCUCCAAGUUUGUACGCAUUGCCCCUGUGCCAAUUGCUGCCAAGCCCAUUGGGUCAGGAUCCCUAGGGCCGGGCCCUGCUGGCCUCCUCGUGGGCCAGAAGUUCCCCAAGAACCCUUCGGCAGAACUCAUCAAGAUGCACAAAUGCACUUUCCCCGGCUGCAGCAAGAUGUACACCAAAAGCAGUCACCUCAAGGCCCACCUGCGCCGGCACACGGGUGAGAAGCCCUUCGCCUGCACCUGGCCAGGCUGUGGCUGGAGGUUCUCGCGGUCAGACGAGCUGUCACGGCACCGGCGCUCGCACUCCGGCGUGAAGCCGUACCAGUGCCCGGUGUGUGAGAAGAAGUUCGCCCGCAGCGAUCACCUCUCCAAGCACAUCAAGGUGCACCGCUUCCCGCGCAGCAGCCGCGCUGGGCGCGCAGCUAACUGA